AUGUCCUUUUUAGAAAGUAUUCGCCAGAAGGCUCCAUUUUUGGAUAAGUUGGCAGAGAGCUUUACCCCUUCGAUGACAAGAGAUGAGCAAUUCAGAGCCGAGUAUAAGCUUCCGGCUGAAGAGCAUAUUAUUGACGAUACAAGUGCCGAUGUAUCAUUUAUCAGUGCAUUUGGACAUGCCAAAACUCUCAGGGAUAAGGGCAGAAAAGGUGAACAGGCAAUGGCCUACGUAUUCUCCGGAAAGUUCUUCUUGACACCCCACUAUCUGGUGUUUAGAGAUGCGUUUGAUCACGCUUCAUGUGUGAUGAUAGUCAAUCUAUCGACUGUUAAACGUGUUGAAAGAGCUCCUUCUACUGCUUAUGCCUUUUCUCUGAUCGUUACAUUGUACUCAGGCACACAAAUACUCAUCCAGUUCAUAGGGCUAAGAUACAGGUCUGAGCAGUUCUGUGACCACUUGAAGAAGAAAUUGAAAGAAAAUAUUCCUAAUGCUAAGCAGUUGCCAGAUUUCCUAUCCAGUUGCUAUUCCGAGUUUCUGCUGAGAAAAAAUCUUCUCAAUGCCAAAGAUAUCGCAGCACCUAGUGCUGGACUGGGGCAACAAUUUAAAUUCCCAGGAAACCCUACUGUUGCAAAGGAGAAAGCAAGAUUGAUGUUAUGGUUUAAUUACUUCAAGGAAAAUGGAGAAAACUUAGCUAUAGUCAAGAACCAUGAAUUUCAGAAAUUGAUCAGGAUAGGAGUCCCUAAUAGGAUGAGAGGUGAGAUAUGGGAGCUCUGCUCUGGUUCAAUGUAUUUAAGGCAAGCAAACCCAGGUGUUUACCAAAAGAUUUUGAAGGAUAACGCAAGUAAAGUCUCACAGGCUGUAGAAGAGAUAGAAAAGGAUUUGAAAAGAUCUUUGCCUGAAUAUUCUGCAUAUCAAACAGAGGAAGGUAUCCAACGAUUGAGAAAUGUCCUCACUGCAUACUCAUGGAAAAAUCCAGAUGUGGGUUAUUGUCAAGCUAUGAACAUCGUUGUAGCGGGCCUACUGAUAUUUAUGACGGAAGAGCAGGCAUUUUGGUGUCUUUCGAGCCUAUGUGAUACGUAUGUACCCGGUUAUUACUCCAAGACAAUGUAUGGAACGUUACUCGAUCAGAAGGUGUUUGAGGCAUUCGUCGAAGAAAAAAUGCCCCUGCUGUGGAAUCAUAUUGUUGAGAAUGAUAUACAGCUGUCCGUUGUAUCGCUUCCAUGGUUUUUAUCUCUAUUUUUCACUUCAAUGCCACUAGAGUAUGCCUUUAGGAUAAUGGAUAUCUUUUUCAUGAAUGGUUCACAGACAUUAUUUCAGGUAGCUUUGGCUAUUCUUAAACUGAACGGCGACGAUUUACUUCAAUCUGAGGAUGAUGGAAUGUUUAUUGCCAUAUUGAAGAACUAUUUUCAAACAUUGAGUCAAAGUGCGCAUCCCGAUUCCUCUGACGUCAAAUAUCGACAAAUUACCAAAUUCCAAGAGCUACUAGUAACCGCUUUCAAGGAAUUUAGUGUUAUAGAAAAUUCAAUGGUUGCCCAGGAGCGAGCUAGACAUCAAAAAGGCAUCCUACAAAACAUUGAAACAUUUGUCAAGCGCACGCAAUUGCGUCAUAUGCCUCGCACAUUGAAUCUCACUGAGGAGGAGUUGUCCAACAUUUAUGAUAUCUUUUACCAGAGCAUAGAAAAUCACAAAAUCAGUAUGGGAACAGGUUCCUCCAAUAUGAAUUUUGAGGUCUUCAUUCAGUUCCUUAGUAAAUUCUGUGACUGGUGCAGGAGUAGUGAGAAUGACAACGACCCAGCUUUCCGCCAGCAACGCAGAAAUUUUCUCAAGAGGUUGUUCAAGAAUUGGGAUUCGGGAAAUGUUGGUGACCUGACUUUGAAUGACGUCGUUUCAGGAUUGGACAAGCUACUGUCCCGAGACUUGCUGGAAUCUGUCAACUAUUUCUUCUCGCUUUACGAUGAAGAUGGGGAUGGUGAAUUACAACGUGAAGAAGUUUUACAAAUAUCCGAAGGCUUGUUAUUCCUAACAGAACCUUGGAAGACAAGCAGGUUUGUCGAUAUUCUGACUAAGCAAUCAAUCGAAGCUGACAUUGCCGAAAAGAUUGUUAAGGAAAAGGGAACUGCAAUGACAAUGGAUGAGUUGAAACUUCCUUCUGGCGUUACUAUUGAUGAAGAGAAAUACAAGACAGAGCAGACCGAACGAUAUCUGAAAGCAGCUAGCUGUUUCCUACAACGAUCCUUUGAGUAUGCAAGACCAUUAGAAGUAGCUGAAGAGAUAAAUCUCAUCGAUCUCUCCGAUAACGAGGGCGAAACCGAAGAUGCCAAGCAGAAGAAGUUCCAAUCGAUGCGUGCAAAUGCGGCUUUAGAUCCAUCGCAUCCGACCGUCAUAGACCUAGCAACUUUCAGGAUGAUUAUUCUGGCGGAUGAAACGUACGAGCUAUUCUUCACAAUCACUUUUAGGCACUCCAUACAUGUCGAUCAACGUGUUGAUCUAUCAGAAGCUAAGGAUAAAGCAUUGAGAAGCAUGUUCGAUGGUAUAAUUGCCGAUGGCAGAAGAGUCGCCGACCAAGUGCGUCGCCGUGUAGAUUCAGUGGCCACUCGUAGUACCACAGCUUCAAUCAACAGCAUUACGGCAUCCAAUGGGCCUGCUACAAUCCCAAGAGACGAUAAAAGCGAUGACUUGGAUGAUCUGACGUCCUACCACGCGGAUGAGCACGAGGAACUUCUCAACAACUCGUGGCUUGGCGAUGUGGAAAGCUCUGACAGUUCCAAGAAGCAGAGCAGAACCCUACAGCCCAUAAAUUCUAGUUCCGGAUCUCAACAAGAAGAUCUCAUCGAGUUUGAGACAUGA